AUGGCGACCAUGCGUGCCGUGGUCUUCAAAGGGCCCUAUGACGUGGUUGUGGAGGACAGACCUACUCCGAAGAUCCAGGAUCCAGGUGAUAUCAUUGUCAAGGUUGAAUACGCUGGUCUGUGUGGAACCGAACUACACAUGUACCGGGGUCACCAGAAAACCGCGCCGGGUUUCAUUCUCGGCCACGAAUUUACCGGAACUGUGGUCGAGCUUGGAGCAGAUGUGAGAGGUUUCAAAAAAGGGGAUAAAAUAACAUGUCCUUUCUCGUUGACGUGUGGCGAGUGCUUUUACUGCGAGAGAGAAUUGUCAUCGCGAUGUGUCAAGGCAGCUUUAACUGGCACGGUUGCCCUUGACGGUGCUCAGGCCGAAUAUAUCCGGAUUCCCCUCGCAGAUUCGACUGCUGUGCUUGCACCGCCACAGAUAGAUUCCAAGGCCCUCAUUAUGAUGGCAGACAUCUUUCCAACGGGAUAUUUUGCAGCUUCGAACGGAUUCAGGCUGUUGACUGAGCUUGAAAGACCUGACACAACAGUGGUUGUGGUAGGUUGUGGACCCGUGGGCCUCUGCGCCCUCGUGUCGGCGAGCAAGUGGAAGCCAAAGAACAUCAUCGCCGUUGAUUCUGUCCCUUCAAGAUUGGAACAGGCUCGGGCUCUGGGAGCUGAGCCGUGGAAUUUCCAGACCGACUUACAGGGCCUGAAGGCACGAGUCGCGGAAUUGACCGAUGGUCGAGGAGCAGACGUCGCACUGGAACUCGUGGGCUUGAGCCCUGCCUUGCGCCUGGCCUUUGAUCUGAUUCGACCCUGGGGCGUACUCAGCAGCGUCGGUGUACACAAUGGAGAGGUUCCGUGGACAGCGAACGAAGCCUAUCACAAGAACCUGCGACUACAAACAGGUCGAUGUCCUGUCAGAGCUGUCUUCUUGGAAGCAUUGGACUUGUUGAAGGACAAGCAGGACCAACUUGGUUUUAUGACGGACCAUAUUGUAGGAAUUGAAGAUGCAGUCGAGGCAUACAAGCAGUUCAACGAGGCAAAGGUGCAAAAGGUUAUCUUCAGACUAUGA